GUAAAAGAUAUGUUUGUUAAAUAACAUGUCUCUUUCAAAACUCUCCUCGAUCCAAUAUUUUUAACGAAAGUUUGGAAUCUUAAUUUCCUUAUAAAAACCAUAUCAUUUACAAAAGGAUUUCAUCAAAAUUUCAGAGCUCUCUAAAGAUGGAACUAGUGUCUUCGUACCAUUGUCCCUCAUCCUUCACCAUUGUUCGCCGUGGCAUGGUGUUCCAACCACAGCAACAAUGGACAAUCACGGCAACCCAAUCACCCUCAUCGCGCUUACUCAUAAAAACUACAAAUAAAUUUCAAGUGAAUCCACGACGAUCAGCUAAUUAUCAUCCUAGUAUUUGGGAUCCCAAGAUCAUUGAGUCAAUAAACACACCUUAUACGUAUGAGUUAUAUGGGACCAAAUUAGAAGAGUUGAAGCAAGAAACUAAAAGGGUUCUUCAAUCUACUAGAGACCAGUCAAGUCUGUUGAAGCUCAUUGACUCAAUGCAAAGGUUGGGAGUGUCUUACCAUUUUGAGGAAGAGAUAGAGGAGGCUAUUAGUGAUCAUGUUAAUCCCAUUGUUAAUGGCAAUCUUUACACAACUGCAUUGCAUUUUCGGCUACUAAGACAACAUGGUUAUCCCAUUAACUCAGAUGUUUUCAACAAAUUCAAAGAUGGAAGUGGGAGAUUCAUGGACAGCUUAAGGGAGGAUGUGGCAGGACUAGUGAGUUUAUAUGAGGCUACACACCUUAGAAUGGAUGGUGAAGAUGACUUCGAAGAAGCCUAUAGUUUCAGCACAAAACACCUAAACUCAUCAUUUGGGAAGAUGGGGAUUGAACUUGGUGCGCAAGUGAAACAGUCACUGGAAAUCCCACUCCAUUGGAGGAUGCCAAGGUUAGAAGCAAGGAACUCCAUUGAUCUCUGUCUCAUGGAGGAUUCAAAGCCCUCUGUUUUGCUCAAGUUUGCAAAGUUGGAUUACAAUCUAGUGCAAUCAGUACACCAGCAAGAAGUCCAAGAAUUAUCAAAGUGGUGGAGAGACUUGGGUUUCAAAGAAAAGCUUGAGUUUUCAAGAGAUCGUUUGAUGGAGAAUUAUUUGUGGGCAAUGGGAAUUGUUUUCGAGUCCCAGUUCUCCAAAUGCAGGAAAUGCCUUACUAAAUUUGUCUGCAUACUAACAGCCAUUGAUGACAUGUAUGAUAUAUACGGAUCGCUAGAUGAGCUUGAACAUUUUACUAAUGCAGUCAAUCGAUGGGACCUUAAGGCCAUGGAGGAGCUCCCAGAGUACAUGAAGAUAUGUUAUUUGGCUAUGUUCAACUUUGGAAAUGAAAUUGCAUAUGAUGUUCUCAAAAACCAUGGCUUGGAUGUUCUGUCCUACAUUAAGGAACAGUGGACAAAUCUUUGUAGAUCAUAUUUAGUAGAAGCAAGGUGGUUCUACAGUGGGUACACUCCAACAUUGGAUGAGUACUUGGACAAUUCGUGGACUUCUGUGGGUGGCCCUGCAGCAAUAACCCAUGCUUACCUGAUGCUAGGGUUCCCCCUAACUCUAGAUUCUCUUGAUGGAUUGAAGAUUAGUUCUGAUACAAUUUACUGGGCAUCUCUCAUUACCCGACUAAGUGAUGAUUUGGGCACUUCCAAGGAUGAGAUUGAGCGAGGGGACGUGGCCAAAUCCAUACAUUGUUGCAUGAUCAAGGAAGGUGUUUCAGAAGAAGAAGCACGAGAUCGCAUUAAGGCCCUAAUAAGCUUUUCAUGGAAGAAACUUAAUGAGGCAACUGCUAAGAUUAAUCACCGUCAUCACCCUGCUAGGUUCAUAGUAACUAUGUCAUUAAACAUGGCCAGGACUGCACAAAGCAUAUUUCAGCAUGGUGAUGGCAUUGGUACUUCAAUUGGGAUCACAAAAGAUCGCUUGACCUCUUUGAUUGUCAAACCCAUUCCAAUUCCAAUGCAACAUGUAAAUCACCAAGCAAUGUUACAAGAACCCAAUCUUUUACCAGUGGCCAUGUAAUUUGUGAGAUUAGUUAAUUAAUUAUGAACAUAUUUUAUCCUUGGCAAUUUCAAGAUUUUUCCAAAACUUGUGUGCAUGAGAGAUCAAAGACCACAAGCUACUCUGCAAAUUGCUUUGAUCAGAUCGUUAGCAUUACAUUGGUUUACUAG